UGGAAAUAAUGCUUCCGAAUAUAAUGCCAAUGGUUCAAAAUUAUGAUUACAUAGGUACAUUCAUUCGCAAAACGAUAUAUAUAGAUGAAUAUACGUUUCCUGAGUCGGAAAUAGUGGAUACUGUUCAGAUGUUCGGAGGGGGUGUGGUUUUAUUCUCUCCUCCCACUCCGGAAAACUCACUCUUAUCGUCAUUAUUUUAAUUUUCUGUGACGUGGAGUCGAUUUCUUCCUUAAUUCCGUCUCAUGUGUCUAUGAAAGUGCACAGUGUUCCUGUCCCGGAUACAAUGAACACACCAAUUUCAAAGUAAUCGAUUUUUUCCAUUAUGAUUAUUACAAUUUUAAAAUCAUAAUAUCUGUCGGCGUACAUCGGAGAGGAGAGGUGAAUCUUCGGGCCUGGAAUCCGAAGAAUCCGACGAUCCGACAGGACAGAAAUGCAGGUUGCAGUAGGAAAUGUGUCGGCUGGCCGGCAGAAGAUGGUUUGUCUGAACUGGGUGUUGUUCCUGCUGGUGCUUCCGUCAUCAUGGGCGGUCAGCUACAAGCAUGGGGAUAACGUCACGUUGUACGUGAACAAAGUCGGCCCUUACCAUAACCCACAGGAGACUUAUCACUACUACACCCUGCCGGUGUGCAGGCCUGACGAGGUGCACCACAAGUCACUGAGCCUGGGCGAGGUUUUGGACGGCGACCGGAUGGCACAGUCUCUGUAUCACAUCGGCUUCCGGGAGAACGUUGAGAAGAAGACGCUGUGCCAGCUCACUCUCUCAGAGAAACAGGUGGACCAGCUUCGUGAGGCCAUCGAGGAGCUCUACUACUUCGAGUUUGUGGUGGACGAGAUUCCCAUCUGGGGGUUCGUCGGGUACAUGGAGGAGAGUGGCUUCCUGCCGCACAGUCACAAGGUUGGCUUGUGGACCCACCUUGACUUCAACAUCGAGUACAACGGCGACUCUGUGAUCUUCGCCAACGUCUCGGUGAAGGACGUCAAGCCCAUGCCCCUGGAGGAGGGGGGCGGGCUGGUGGCGGGGGGCGUGGGGGUGGGCGGGGCCGUGGGCGGCGGCAUCACGAUCACACACACGUACAGCGUGCACUGGUUCGAGUCCCCGCUGCCGUACGCGCGGCGUGGCGAACGCCUCCGCGACCACUCCUUCUUCCCCAAGACGCUGGAGAUCCAUUGGCUGUCAAUCAUCAACUCCUUGGUGCUGGUGGUGCUACUGUUGGGCUUCGUCAUCAUCAUCCUCAUGCGCGUGCUGAAGAACGAUUUUGCAAGGUACAACGUGGAGGAGGAGGGCCGAUGUGACGACCCGGACCAAGGGGACAACGGCUGGAAGAUCAUCCACACCGACGUCUUCCGGUUCCCCCCCUACAAAAGCCUUCUGUGUGCCGUGCUGGGAGUCGGAGCUCAGUUCCUCACCCUUGCCACAGCGAUUAUCGUCAUGGCGCUGCUGGGGAUGUUCAACGUGCAUCGCCACGGCGCCAUCAACUCUGCGGCCAUCGUGCUGUACGCCCUGACCAGCUGCGUGUCGGGCUACGUCUCUUGUGGCUUCUACACGCAGAUCCACGGCGAGCGAUGGGUCUGGAACAUCAUCCUCACCUCCAGCCUGUUCUCCGCGCCCCUGUUCCUGACGUGGAGCGUGGUGAACUCGGUCCACUGGUGGAGCGGCUCCACCCAGGCCCUGCCGGCCAGCACAGUGCUGCUGCUGCUGGGGGCCUGGAUCUUGGUGGGCUUCCCCCUCACCGUCAUCGGGGGCAUCGUGGGCAAGAACCGCGCGGGCAGCUUCCAGGCGCCGUGCCGCACCCGCAACAUCGCCCGGCAGAUCCCCACGCAGCCCUGGUACAAGCACGCCACGGUGCACAUGGCCAUCGGGGGCUUCCUGCCCUUCAGCGCCAUCUCGGUGGAGCUCUACUACAUCUUCGCCACCGUGUGGGGUCGGGAACACUACACGCUGUACGGCAUCCUGCUCUGCGUCUUCGCCAUCCUGCUGUCGGUGGGCGCCUGCAUCUCCGUGGCCCUCACCUACUUCCUGCUGUCGGGAGAGGACUACCGCUGGUGGUGGCGGAGCGUGCUGAGCGCGGGCUCCACGGGCCUCUUCAUCUUCGUCUACUCGGUCUUCUACUACCGCAACCGGUCCUCCAUGAGCGGGCUGGUCCAGAGCGCGGAGUUCUUCGGGUACUCGCUGCUCACGGCGCUGGUGUUCUCGCUCAUGCUGGGCACGGUGUCGUUCUGGGCCUCGCUCACCUUCAUCCGCUACAUCUACCGCAGCCUCAAGAUGGACUAGGGGGACGGCGCAUCAGCCUUUUGGGGUUCUGUACACCGAGGGGGACAACAAAUAAAACAAGUGGUUUGAUAGCCGCUCAUCUUUACCGAUGACAAAUGCAUCAGCAACUUCCACGUGGUCUCCAAGUGCAAGAUACAGAACCUGAUGAAGGUAAAGGACAGGAAUCAGAGGCCUUUCAGGUUGAUUAGGUAGAUAAGUAACAUGACAUAUCAGCACUAGGGUACUAUUUAGAUUUAUGGUUGGACAUUUGAAGGAGAGUGGGCACCUGGAACGUUCUGUAUUUAAGGAAAUGAAAUAGGGGCUAUUUAACGUUCGAUAAGGGAUUGUGUCACCGUCAAGAACAAAUGAAAUGUGUACAUGUGACUGUUUAUAUAUUCUAUGAGGCAGACUUUCAGGUUUGGCACCAACUGCUGCACCAGGCACUGCUGGGCCAUGCAUAAAAUAUGAUUUAAAUGAGCCUUCCAAUUCUUUUACCGGCUUUAAAAAGGGUACCAAGGAAGUGAGCUCACAGGGCCCAGCAGUGCUACGGCAGGGUCUGAUGCUUAGCAAAAUGCUGGUGGCGAUGGCAUCGAUAAUGCGAGCAGUUUGGUCGUAUGGUGUUCCUUUGUUGACCUAGACUGUUGUAAAUAUACAAUCUUUUCAAUAAAAAGCUUUUUGUUAAUAUAGAAUGUUAA